GGUCGUUGACAUCACGUAAGAAUGCGCAGGGGUGUCCCCAUCUAGGGUCCUCAUCCCCCACCAGAAAGGCCCUCCGAGGCUACGGUGGUUGGGAUGGCGUACCUGAGCGAGUGUCGCCUGCGACUGGAGAAAGGCUUUAUCUUGGACGGGGUGGCUGUGAGCACCGCUGCCCGCGCUUAUGGGCGCUCUAGGCCCAAGCUGUGGUCGGCGAUUCCGCCCUACAACGCGCAGCAGGACUACCACGCCCGCAGCUACUUCCAGAGCCACGUGGUUCCGCCCCUUUUGCGGAAAACUGAUCAGGAUCAUGGCGGUACAGGAAGGGAUGGCUGGAUAGUAGACUACAUCCACAUCUUCGGGCAAGGACAAAGAUACCUCAACAGGAGAAAUUGGGCAGGGACAGGGCAUUCUCUCCAGCAGGUGACUGGGCAUGACCACUACAAUGCUGAUCUGAAACCGAUCGAUGGGUUCAAUGGAAGGUUUGGCUACCGCAGGAACACUCCAGCCCUCCGUCAGAGCACGUCCGUCUUCGGAGAGGUCACCCACUUCCCUUUGUUCUAACAGCAUCUUUUCCCUUCAUAGCCAUCGACCUGAAUUUCUAAGACAAAUGUUUAGAUGAACUCUUAGUGUUACUUUACGUUAAAAAAAUUAAUUUGUGUCUC